AUGCCUGUUGUUGACGACUGUGCCGCUCUGAACCCAGCCAGAGGACGGACUAUUCGACAGACGCUAGUAGACGAUACUAUGAAGGACUUCAUAUGGGGACGAGCCGAGGACGUGACCCGAUGCCUCAAUAAUCUCACUAUCACCAACUUCGACGCCCUCUUCACCCUCCACAACCUCAAGUACGGCCUGGCUGAGACCUACGCCUUCACGGACAUCGCUAACGGCUUGGACGACUCUGUGGAGGUCAACACCUGCAACUUCAAGCUACAUUCUCUUGACGUUGACAUCGAAAGUUUCAUUGAUGACAGGAUAAGUGAGUAUGCCGCCGCGCUGAACCCAAUGACUUUGGAGGAAAGGCAGAGGUUCUUCAAUGAGAGCAUCCCUGCGGCCCCUUUUCACUUCGCUCUGCAGC